AUGCGGUUGUGGAAAUGGAGUACUCCAUAUGUGUUACUUUUGCUUAGUGCUUUCUACGCGGUUCGCUCAGAAUUCUCCAGAAACGCUGAAGUAAAAGUGAUCACGUCACAUGUUUUUUCGGCGUUAACGAAUAAUGGUGCGACAGAACUCGGUUUUGUUACAACCGAAAAGAAGACACAUUUAUCGGGUAUAAGAGUUGAGGGCGACCCAUCUGAAGACGAUGGAUUCGUCGGAUAUACUGAGAAAGAAGUAUCGAUAGUACAUCCAGAUACACCAGUGCGUGUAGUGUUGUUCGGUUUUGGUAUGGAUGAUAUAGCGCUGGUGAUAUUCACACGAAAUCCGAGUAAUUGCUCGUCAUUCGUGAUUGCAAUUGCGCAGCCGGAUUUUACGAUUCAGACUGAAAAAAGAGUUGUUGUUAAGGCUGUUUUUCCCGAUUCAAAAGAUUUGUAUUAUGUAUGUGUUCGUCAGAAGCCUCGCGAAACACCAUCCGGUGAGCUGAUCGAAUCGCAUUUUCUUACGUUGAACGACAUUCGUGCAACAAUAUCAACUGAAAUACCUCCACGGAAGUACUAUUUGCCGAUGGGUCUUCAAAUAACGAUAAUCUCGUGUUUACUCGUCCUGUCUGGUCUCUUCUCAGGUCUUAACCUGGGUCUUAUGGCGCUUACUCCACAAGAAUUGAUGCUCAUACAAAAAUCUGGUUCAAAAAUGGAACGGGCAUAUGCUGAAGUGAUCUUACCAGUGCGCAAAUCCGGCAAUUUGUUGCUGUGCGCGCUGCUGAUUGGCAAUGUGUGUGUUAAUUCGGCGAUAUCGAUCUUAUUUGAUGAUUUAACGAGUGGUUACGUGGCACUUAUAGUCUCAUCUGCGGGUAUUGUUGUCUUCGGUGAAAUAUUUCCACAGAGUUUAUGCGUCAAGAAAGGAUUAGCAGUGGGUGCCCGUACGAUAUGGAUAACUCGUUUCUUCAUGGUGCUGACAUUUCCGCUUGCCUAUCCGAUCAGUAAGAUUCUGGAUUGUGUCCUCGGUGACGAGGUUGUAUCAUAUGAUCGUAAACGCCUAAUGGAACUCAUAAAAAUGUCGACGAGAGACGAAGAAGGUCUUGCUGAAGAGCUGAAAAUUGCCGUUGGCGCGAUGGAAAUAUCUGAUAAAACAGUCAGCGAUGUGAUGACGAUGAUUGAUGAUGUGUUUAUGCUCCCAGAUACAACAGUUCUGAAUACGAAGACUGUUGCUGAAAUACUUCGAAUGGGAUACACACGAAUUCCAGUAUAUUCUGGCGAUAGAAAUUCGGUGGUGGCGUUAUUGUUCGUGAAGGAUUUGGCGUUGUUGGAUCCGGAUGACAAUUUCACGAUACAAACGGUUUGCGGAUAUCAUGAACAUCCAUUACGAUUCGUGAUGGAAGACACUCCCUUGAGGGUGAUGCUCGAAGAAUUCAAAAAGGGUGAUUAUCAUUUGGCGAUGGUUCAGCGCAUUGUCGCACCUGAAGAAAGUGAUCCAUCUUAUGAGUUAGUUGGGAUUGUGACCCUGGAGGAUAUAGUUGAAGAGAUAUUACAAGCGGAAAUCGUUGAUGAAACUGACGUUGUGACUGAUAACGUUCAUCGAACACGGAGACGAGGUGCACAGAAUGUUUCUUGUCAUCCCUAA